AUGCACGACUAUUUUUUGAGGACCAAAUUUAAUCUUCUGAACAACGGACUUUUCAACAGCCUCUACAGAAAUGGUUCCAAGUAUAGAAAUGAUGAAGGGGGAAAGAACCUUGACGUGGGGAGACCUUCGAAUUCGUUUAGCACCGACAGCACACACCUUCUUUCCGAUAGGAGGAACAAAGAACUGAAUGAUCAGCUGAUUUACUCUUACUACAACAACUUUUCGAAUGAGAGAGGAAGCGCGCGGGCGCAGCAAGAAAGAAAUGGUAAACACGACCCCAGCGGAAGUGACCACUCCAGAAGUGAUAUCUCCAGAAGCGAUCUCUCUAGAAGUGAUCGCGGCAAGGGCGAGCACCCUGACCUGAGCGCGCUGUACGACGACGCGGGCGCGAAGUUCAACAAAGGCAACUGCAACAUGCACCUUGACGGGCGCGGAAAGGCCUUCCUGGACUACCGGCCUUAUGGCCACAAGGACGAGAAGAUUCUCUGCGUGGAAAACACCAACCAAGUGAUCAAGGAGGAAACCUUUUUUUACGAAGAAUUUAAAAAGCUAAGAAACGACGUCAUGGCAUUACAAAUUAUGAACGUCAACCUCCAAAAACAAGUGUUAGCGAACAACACCAUGAUGGGCCCUUCCAAGGUGAUUCCGCAGCACAUAAUAAUUAACAACAAAACGGAAGUGGCCUCCAACGCUAUCAGCCAAAUUCAGGACAACAAGAAAAAAAGCAACGGGUUUCUAUACGCGCUGCUGAAGAAGCUGCUGAGCAGUAGGCUGACGCAAAUGUUUUUCGUGUCGUCUUUUUUCAUUUCCAUAUAUUUGUUUAACAAGCACUGGCAGCGCGCCCUGAAGGUGUCGCAACUGGAGAGGCGCAUCAACUCCAAUUUCAUCCUCAGGAGCGUGCGUAUGUUUGAGGAGACCAUGGGCAUGCGCAAGUUCAGCUACGCGUAG